AUGCCUGAAAUUAACUUAAAUGGCUUGCAGUAUGUUGAAGAUAAUGAACUUAAACAAGCCUGGAAGUCAAGUCGGCGUGAACGAAUAAAGCAACAAGAAGAGAAGAUAUGGGAGGAAUUUAUACAAGAACAAGAUAUAGUGCACAGCGUGUGUGAAAGUGACCCAUAUCAGUUUAUUGAGCAAUUACCAGACACAUAUCUACAAGAGCUGUUGUGUGAACGGCUGAAUAAGAAACAAGAAAAUGAUAUGAGAGAUGAUGAAGAGCAAAGCGAAUUUCCAAUCGAUCCCACGGACAGCGUCCCAGCUCGUGACCACUGUGCUGAUGAAGCGGAGGAUGGCCACAACGUGUUGCACAUAUUCCACGACGAGGUGGACAGCGAAGAGCUAUCUGGCACCGAGGGCGAGGCUUUGGACGAGUCUGGUGGCAGCCCUUGCACCGUGAGGGAGAAGGAAGAGGCUGAAGAGAAACCCCCAGACCCUCAACAGGUCACCGAGAAGGUUUCAAUUAGGUCGUCGGAAAACAUCGCCAGCGUAAUCGAGAACAGCAUCUACUGCGCCAAGGUUAAGGAUCUGCGGGUCAAGAUCAACGAGGAGCUGUUAAGCAUCAUGACGUCGUUAGAGCGCCUCGACCUGUCCAACGAGGACCCUGAAGAUUUGCGGAAGAUGCUGAAACGCUCCGCGGAGUUCUGCUCGAGGUUCAACCGAAUACAUCUGUACCAGCUGCAGAGGCAGGUGAAGGACGCGGAGCGAGGCUGCGGUGUGUCCGGUGCUGCAGCGGCGGGCGGCGGGCGGCACACGCAGCUGCAGGCGCAGCUGCUGCGACUCACCUCGCUGCACCACAACGUGCUGCAGGCGCUCUGUAUGGUGGGGGGGGCGGCGGGGGCGGGGCGUGACGUCACCGCGCUGCUGCGCGCCCUGCCCGCGCCCCAGCGCGCACAAGCGCUCUACGCAGACGAGCUGCUGGCGACAUGUGACAAGUUGGACGAGGCCUUGGAGCGGCACAGCGUGAUGAUGGCAGAUGUGGUGCGCAGACUGGAGGAGCCAGAUAAGAACCCAUACGCGAAGCCGAGCCAGGCCAGAGGACAGAAGAGACCGUCUGCUUCCAGCAAUAAGUCUCCCGCGAAAACCGCGUCCAGGGCCGACGGCAGUCUGUCCAUGUACUCGCUGGACACGCACCGGCUCAGCCUGAGGGGCAAGAGCUCCAGCGCUAGGGUCAACCAGGCCAGCGGAACCUUGAAGGCGCGUGGCAGCGCGGGAAGGGCGCCCAAGAAACUCGCCACGCCCAAAAGCCAAACGAAGUCGCCGGUGAGGAGGCGAGGGCGUCGCGACGCCGAAGUGCCCACGCUGGUUCAGACGGUGGCAACGUGCGCGUCCAGCCGAACGAGCCUGGCGAGAGCCGCGCCGAACAGCGGCAGGGGGGAGGCGCGGCCAACACUGGCCAAGGGCCGGUCGCCGGAAGCCUCCAGGAGGAGCAGCGGCACCUGCAGCCCCAGGUCGCCGACGGCAAAGGGGAACGGCGGGAGAAGCGGCCCUCCCCCCACCGGGCGGUCGCCGACGGUCACCACUGUCGAGAAGCGCUCGCACCGCACUCCCACCACGGUGAGUGCUCGCAAUUUAAUGUACGAAUGGUGCGGGAGAGUAUCUCCUUCUCACUCGCGCCGCCAAGUGGGAACGGGACGGCGAAAGCGUUGGCUAUCCGCGUCCCGCCCCCGCCACACG